CUCUAACCUGACAUCUAUUGUCUAAACUUGGACAAGGUAUAUUUUUAUACCACAAUGGUUGCUAUAUAAAGAGACAAUCAGCAUUGUUUGUGGCUGGAUUGGUACAAUUCUUGCAGGAGAGCAACAAGAACAGAUCCAACAUGGUAGGGAUAAAUUGUUCACCUUUCUCACCUGUUUUUUGUUCCUUUCAUUUGUAUUUCUUUUUUUUUCAUCUUCCGGGUAUGUUGAUCAAUAUUUGCAGAUGCUCCAAAGAAGGCAAAGAAGAGGGCAGAAGGAGGCGGUUCUAACGUGUUCUCAAUGUUUGAUCAAUCCCAGAUUCAGGAAUUUAAGGAGGCUUUUACUAUCAUGGACCAGAACAGAGAUGGUUUCAUAGACAAAGAAGACCUGAGAGACACCUUUGCAGCUUUGGGCCGUUUGAAUGUGAAGAAUGAAGAACUGGAAGCUAUGGUGAAAGAAGCGCCAGGAUCCAUCAAUUUUACAGUUUUCCUUACAAUGUUUGGUGAAAAACUGAAAGGUGCAGAUCCUGAAGAAACCAUUUUAAAUGCUUUUAAAAUUUUUGACCCGGAAGGAAAAGGUCACAUCAAAGCAGACUAUAUCAAGACAAUGCUUAUGACGCAAGCUGACAGAUUCAAUGAGGAAGAGAUCCAUCAGAUGUUUGCUGCAUUCCCUGCCGAUCCUGCUGGCAAUCUUGAUUAUAAAAACUUGUGUUAUGUUAUUACCCAUGGAGAGGAAAAAGAUCAGGAGUGAACAUUAUGAACUCAAAAGAAAUAUAUAAUGAGAACACCACCUGCUUUAAGCAAAAAUUUCCAUGGUUUUCAACAGCUUUAAUCAUGUUUACUGUACAUAGUCAUUAUCUUCUUGGAAAGGAUGAAAGUAACUAAAUGAAACUGUCUAGAAACAAUGAAUUAAACUGCUUUUUAUUUCUUCUUAA